CCUGGAGGCGCGCCCCGCUCCGCUAGCUCGCUCCCUCGCGGCCCGCAAGCCCCUUGGGCGCAGCGGGAGGCGCCCCGGCGGCGCGGAGCAGCGCAGGAGCGGGCGGCGCGGCGACCGCGCGGGGCGGAGCGGGCGGGGCCCAGCACUCGUCCCCCGCGCCCGGCGGCCGCCGCCAUGAGCGGCUCCUCGGGCACCCCGUAUCUGGGCAGCAAGAUCAGCCUCAUUUCCAAGGCGCAGAUCCGCUACGAGGGCAUUCUCUACACCAUCGACACCGACAACUCCACCGUGGCGCUCGCCAAAGUGAGAUCCUUUGGUACCGAAGAUCGUCCUACAGAUAGGCCUGCUCCCCCAAGAGAGGAAAUUUACGAGUACAUCAUUUUCCGGGGAAGUGACAUCAAAGAUAUCACUGUGUGUGAACCUCCGAAAGCUCAGCACACUCUCCCUCAGGACCCUGCCAUCGUUCAGUCUUCUCUGGGCUCUGCCUCCGCCUCGCCCUUCCAGCCGCAUGUGCCUUACAGCCCCUUCAGAGGGAUGCCGCCCUACGGCCAGCUGGCAGCCAGCUCCCUGCUCAGCCAGCAGUAUGCUGCGUCCUUAGGUCUAGGAGCUGGCUUUCCUUCUGCCCCUGUUGGCAAGAGCCCCAUGGUGGAACAGGCUGUCCAGACUGGCUCUGUCGAUAACCUGAAUGCCAAGAAGCUGUUACCUGGCAAGGGCACCACAGGGACGCAACUCAACGGUCGCCAGGCCCAGCCAAGCAGCAAGACCACUGGCGAUGUAGUCCCACCGGCAGCUGUGCACACUCAAGGGCAGGUGAAUGACGAGAACCGAAGACCUCAAAGGAGGCGGUCAGGCAACCGGCGAACAAGAAAUCGCUCUAGGGGGCAAAACCGUCCAAGUAAUGUCAAAGAGAACACGAUCAAGUUUGAAGGUGACUUCGAUUUUGAGAGUGCAAAUGCUCAGUUCAACCGAGAGGAGCUUGACAAAGAAUUCAAGAAGAAGCUGAAUUUUAAAGAGGACAAAGCUGAGAAGGGGGAAGAGAAGGACCCAGCCGUGGUGACUCAGAGUGAUGAAACUCCUGCUGAAGAAGACCUCCUGGGGCCCAACUGCUACUACGAUAAAUCCAAGUCAUUCUUCGACAACAUCUCCUCUGAACUCAAGACCAGUUCCAGGCGUACAACAUGGGCUGAAGAGAGGAAGCUCAACACGGAGACCUUUGGCGUGUCAGGGAGGUUCCUCCGCGGUCGUAGUUCCCGUGGUGGGUUCCGUGGAGGAAGGGGCAACGGGACAACCCGGCGCAACCCGACUUCCCACAGAGCUGGGACUGGCAGGGUGUGAAGAUGCAGCCUGAGCUCCUGCUGAAGAGCACAGAAGUGACGCUGUGUACAUAAGGAUACCACAGAAAUGCUCUGCACUUAACAGGGAAGGAGUGGGUCCCAUUUACUGAGUUGGAAAAUUCCCAUACUGCUACUUAUGUUUUGGACUUAACUGAACUUAGACGUGGUCUGAGUUAAAACCACUUGUUUUUUGGGAAGUAUUCAUGGGUAACCUCUUUGAGGUAUCUUGACCUACGUUUCCUUUUUGGUUGCGCAUAGCCUAAUUCUAAGGUUUUGGCAUUUUCUAUAGCGAAGGUUUGAUCCUCACUUUGUGACUUUUCUUUUUUUAUGACAGCUUUGACUUUUAAAGUGGAACCAAAUCUCAUUUGGCACAUGUGGCCAAGUGCAUUUCUGUAACCCAUCUAGCCCCUGGUGCUGCUGGCCUGGCACCCCACCCCCCCACCGUCAUUGGUAGGGUCUCAGGAGCCUGGCAGGGCCAGCACAGGGUGGGCCGGACAUAUGCGUGGGUGGGGCAAAGGCAGGGAAAGGGAUAUCCCAUGAAUCAUGUUGUGUAACAAACCGAGUGAUGUUGUUAGGGUUGGGGGCUGGCAGAGGGUGGUGGACUUGGUGGUACUGGGAAGGGACCCUGAACGUUACCUAUGCAGAGCCUGGCUUCCACGGGCACUGAGGCUAAGGGUUGAAACCCUGAACCACCCCAUACAAUGUUCCCCUGGCUCUCCUGUCCUGUCCUUACCAGCCUCUGACCCAGGUCAGUGUUGGACUCUUGUCCUCAUCCACUUGGAAAUGAGCCAGUCUUUUUUUGCAAGGUCAGUUGACCUUUUUUCCUCUGGAUUGUAAAUAGUUCUUGUGUGUUUGUUUUAAAGGUGGGUGGAGGGAGGGUGGGGAAUAUAAAUUUGUUGCAUGAGUAAGAUGGGUCAGACCUCCAGUGUAAGCAUGCAUCCUUCUGAUUGACAGGGCAUUUUGUUGAAAAUAAGCACCUUGGUAACUAAACCCCUUUAAAUAGCUAUGAAGGCUUUAGUUCUGUAUUAAGUCAUUGUAAAUGCUUGGGUUUAUUUUUGUAGGACUUCAUGGCUGAGAAGUAGAACAUAGCAUUGCCACUGCUUUGUUGGGGAAAUGUAAAUUGUAAUUAUAAAUAAAUAUGCAAACCCUUAAAA